CGGUGGCGGCGGCGGCGGCGGCGGCGGCGCGCGCGCUGCGGGCAGAGAGUGUGGAGGCGCGGACGCGCGGCGGAGCUCGAGCUGCUGCAGCUGCUGCCGCCGCCAGAGUAACCUCGAUCCCCGAGCUCCGGACACCCGGUGCCUCGCCAUGGCUGACCAGCUGACCGAAGAACAGAUUGCAGAGUUCAAGGAAGCCUUCUCCCUCUUCGACAAGGACGGAGAUGGCACCAUUACCACCAAGGAGCUGGGGACUGUGAUGAGGUCCCUGGGGCAGAACCCCACUGAGGCCGAACUGCAGGACAUGAUCAAUGAGGUGGACGCUGAUGGGAAUGGGACCAUUGACUUCCCAGAGUUCCUGACCAUGAUGGCCAGAAAGAUGAAGGAUACAGACAGUGAGGAGGAGAUCCGAGAGGCCUUCCGUGUCUUUGACAAGGACGGGAAUGGCUAUAUCAGUGCCGCCGAGCUGCGUCACGUCAUGACGAACCUGGGGGAGAAGCUGACGGACGAGGAAGUGGAUGAGAUGAUCCGAGAGGCCGACAUCGAUGGAGACGGCCAGGUCAACUAUGAAGAGUUUGUACAGAUGAUGACGGCGAAGUGAAGGCCCGGGCAGCUGGCCAUGCCCGUUCUCCUGAUCUCUUCUCGCGCUCUCCUCUCUUCAACACUCCCCCGCCUCCCCGGUUCUAGCAAACACCAAUUGAUUGACUGAGAAUCUGAUAAAGCCACAAAAGAUUUGUCCCAA